GAACCCGGAUCUCUCACUUGUCGGGUGAAUGUGCUACCAUUACACCACAGAGCGCUUACUUUUUCCGAUUCAUAUAUUUUGUUACAUUUAACCACUACAAAGUUUCACGGACUCUCUAACCCUUUUGUAGUAGAAUAACAGGUCACCGGUAUAUUGCAGUUCACGGAGACGACAUGCCCCUCACUGUUUAUUCCAAAAAAUACAAUCAGGAAAAAAUUGCAAAUUAUUAUAUAUAAAAACGCAUUAAUAAUGUAUCAACCCAAAAGAACGAUAAUAUAAAAAGAUUUAAUUUGAGGAGUGAAACUGCUCAUAAUCGUAUAUUAAAAUAAAAAAUUUCUUAAGGUUAAUUUAUAAGAAUACUUAAAUUUUGAAAUUCCUAGUUAAAAUCAGCUGUGAUGAUUUUUUCAUGGUUUAUUAUUCAAUCACAGCGAUUUUUUUUUGUUAAAUUAUAACUUACUUGCUAAUAUUCGUACAAGUUUUGUCCGAACAAUUACGUAAAACGUACGCAAAUUCGUAAAGUGUAUACUAAAAUAUAGUUCUUUAUUUGUUUUAGAAAAUAACUCGUUUUUAUUGAUACAUAUAUUAAAAUAAACGUAUCAGUGUACAAAGUCCCUUUAAAAGAAGGAAAAGAGACUUCUAAUUUAAUAUUUAGACUUUUCUCGUUAUCAAAAAGGUACAAAAUAAGCAAAAUUAUAUUAUAUUUGGUUUACUUUGCACCUUUUUGGCAAAUGAUGACAAAUGUCAAAAUAUUAAAUGAAUAAUACUGUCAGAUAAUCACAUUUACUUUUGACCUUAAAACGCCGAUUAAUAAUGAAUUAUAAAUACAUGAAAUAAUAUUUGUGUAAAUGUUAUGGCAACAAAUUAGAAAUAUAGGAGUUCCAAACCAUACAACUUGUAAAGUCAGGUCUUGUCAUAUGAUGGAAAACUGAUUCCUAACAACUUCAAGAGCUUGUGGUUUUUUGUGUGCUUUUAUUACAAGUGUUUUGAUAUGAGUAAUAGUAAAAUAACCAAAGCGUUUCUUCAUUGAUAACAGAGCGUAUGUUACAUCCUGUACAUUCCAAUUCCCAACACUUGGGAUAUACCUUACUGAAUAUAUGAAUAAUCCCGUACUCACUUGAAAGGUCCGGUAUAGAUAAAGAUGCACUAGAGAAAUAGUUUCAACAAUUAUCUGGGAAUGUUCCAUCGCACUCAAGAUAAUUCUUGGAAACCUUCUGUCCAAAAACUGUAUAUAAAACAGACGCUCGACAAACUCCACACUACACAUCGAUCACACAGUGCUGAGCUCGAGACAGUUUACGGUAAGUGUGGCUGAUGUCUUUAUCACGUUUUCCAUUCAGUAUUUCCACAUGGCAAAAAUCGAAUACAAUUUUCUUUUUGUAAAUCUUUCAUAAACUAAUAUUCAGAAGAAAAUUUAACUGAUCUACUUUAUAAAUAUAGAUAUAUACAUAGGUAUCUAUCUAUAUCCAAUAUAAUACUAUCUACUUUAUUAAAUUUUGAAAACUAGAGAGCAUACACCUAAAAUGUUAUGAAAUAGUUAACUUAUAAAUUUCAUUAGGUUUUUGUUACUACUCAAUAUUACAAGAAAGGAUUAGUAACAAUGUAUUCUACGUAUUGUGUUAAAUAUAAAACUAACUUGAUAAUGGAUUUAAACAGAAUCUGGGUUGAAAUUUUAAUUUUAGUUGCUUUAGUUUUCAGAUCCAAUCAUAAAAAUGGAUAUACAAUUUGAUAAAAUUAAUUUUUUCAUAUUUAUUUCAAAUACACAUACGUUGAUCAAAGGGAAAUUUUGCUAUUAUCUAUUACUAAAACGUUCAAAAUCAAUUGCCUGUUUCAGAUAACAAUGAAACUCUUACUUCUCUCUGCCCUCGUGGCCGUCGCCCUCUCUCAUCCUCUGGAAGUGUCCGAGGAAGAUCAUGCCCAAUGGGAACUGUUCAAGGUGGCCCACGAAAGAGAGUACGUUACACAAGAAGAGGAACUGAAGAGAAUGACUAUUUUCCUGGAAAAUCUGAAGUUUGUACGAGAACACAAUGAAAAGUUUGGAAAGGGUGAAGUUUCUUUUGACGUUGAAAUCAAUAAAUUUUCGGAUUUGACCACCGAGGAGUUCGUUACCAUGAUGAAUGGCUACAAGCGCCCAGAGGGACGCGAGAGGACUGGAGAUGCCUUCGACGACUCAGAGAACGUCAGGCUCCCUAAGAACGUGGACUGGAGGAAGAAAGGAGCUGUCACUGAAGUCAAGGACCAAGGACUUUGUGGAUCUUGCUGGGCUUUCAGUGCUUCUCAGGGUCAACACUACUUGAAGUCUAAGAAGCUGGUCUCACUCAGUGAACAGAAUCUUAUGGACUGCUCAACUGCUGAAGGAAACAAUGGAUGUCACGGUGGUCUCAUGGAUAAUGCUUUCAUUUACGUGAAAAAGAACAAGGGCAUUGACACAGAGGCAUCUUACCGCUACGAGGGUAAGAGUGAUACUUGCCGCUACGACCCCAAGCACAAGGGAGCCACCGACAAUGGAUAUGUUGACAUCACCUCAGGCAGCGAGAAGGCUCUGCAGAAGGCUGUGGCCACUCUUGGGCCGAUCUCAGUCGACAUUCUGGCUAACCAUACUUCCUUUAAACACUACAAGAGUGGAGUGUACAAGGAUCCCGACUGUUCUUCUAUAGUUCUGGACCACGGAGUUCUGGCUGUUGGCUACGGCUCAGCCAAGAAAGGCGGCGCCUACUGGCUGGUGAAGAACUCCUGGGGAAGUAACUGGGGCAUGAACGGCUACGUCAUGAUGGCCAGGAACUUCCACAACAUGUGCGGUAUCGCCACAAUGGCCAGCUAUCCUAAAGUUUAAUCACUUCCUUUGUGUACGACAUUUGUACGAGAUAUUAAACUUACCUGAGCAUUGA